AUGGCACGCUGGUGUAUAUUUUUACUUAUUGCUAGUAUUUUCAUCAUAUCUCUUACUCAGUCUGUACCAAUACAAGAAGAGGCUGGUAGUGUGAACAAAAUUGAAGAUUCAAUUAAGAAGGCUUUAGAAACAAUUAGCAAAGGUUUUGAAGACAUGAUAAAAAAUCCUAAAGUCAAUGAGUUGAUCAAAGAUGGUCAAAAAAUGAUGGAGGAGGCUGCUGAAAAAAUCAAAACUGAAACUGCCAAACUUCUUCCUAAAACAGAUGGAGCUGCUCGCUAA